CGCGUCCCGCCCCGCCCAGGGGCGGCCUCCGGGGCACCGGCUGAGAGCGGAGCGGCACCGGCACCGGGACGGAGCGGCCGGGCCGGAGAACAAUAGCGGCGCUGGAACAAUGGAGCGGCCGCCGCUCCCCGCCUAGGGAUGCGGGCCGGCCGCGGGGCAGCGAUCCCAGCCCAGCAGUAGCGCGGGCACCGCGGGCAGCGCCGGAUCCGCCGCUCGGGGUGCCCGAGCUGCCCUGACCCCCCCGUGCCCCUGCCCGGCUCCCCCCAUGCCCGCCCGGCCCCGCCAUGGAGCUCCCGGGGGGCGCCGUGCCCUGCGGCAGGGACAGGGUCAUCUCCAGGAAUGAGCUGCUCCUGCACCUCAAGACCUACAACAUCUACUACGAGGGGCAGAACCUGCAGCUGCGGCACCGGGAGGAGGAAGGGGAGCUGAUCGUGGAGGGGCUGCUGAACAUCUCGUGGGGGCUGCGCCGCCCCAUCCGCCUGCAGAUGCAGGACGACAACCAGCGCAUCCGCCCGCCGCCCUCCUCCUCCUCCUGGCACUCGGGCUGCAACCUGGGCGCCCACGGGUCCGUGCUGAAGCCCAGCACCCUGCCGGACAUCCAGGUGACAGAUGUGGACACUGCCACCGGCACUGGGAAUCCCGGGAAUGGCACAGGCAGAGCCCGCAGUGAGCAGGCAGCCCCCCGGGCCGAGGAGGCCCCGCAGCUGAUGCGGACGCGCAGCGAUGUCGGCGUGCGGCCCCGCGGCAGCGCCCGCACGGCCGGGGAGCAGCGGCGGCUGCGGCGGCACCGCUUCUCCAUCAACGGCCACUUCUACAACCACAAGACCUCGGUGUUCACGCCCGCCUACGGCUCCGUCACCAACGUGCGCAUCAACAGCACCAUGACCACGCCGCAGGUGCUCAAACUGCUGCUCAACAAAUUCAAGAUCGAGAACUCUGCAGAGGAGUUUGCUCUGUACAUGGUGCACACGAGUGGAGAGAAGCAGCGGCUGCGUGGCAGCGAUUUCCCGCUGCUGGCCCGGCUGCUGCAGGGCCCCUGCGAGCAGGUGUCCAAGGUGUUCCUGAUGGAGAAGGACCAGGUGGAGGAGGUCACCUACGACGUGGCCCAGUACAUCAAAUUCGAGAUGCCCAUCCUCAGGAGCUUCAUCCAGAAGCUGGAGGAGGAGGAGGACCGGGAAGUGAAGAAGCUGAAGCACAAGUACUCCAUCCUGCGGCUGAGGAUCGAGCAGAGGCUGGAGGAGAUCUGCGAGGGCCCCACGGCCAUGUGAGCGUCCCUGGGAUCAGCUGCACCAAACCCCAGCCCCAAAAGGCUCCUGGUGGCCCCAAACCCCCUCCCACGCCCUCAGCCCCGCAGAAUCCUCGGGGGGCUCCUCCCAGGAAGGCUCUGGCUGGCGGCAGCUUCAGCCAAAUCCUCAAAUCCCGGGGAGAAAAACAAAAAAAAUAGAGAGGAAAAGAGGAAAUGUGUGAGCAGCACCGAGGUGAGGGCUGCCAGGAUUCCAGAGCUGGGAUUUUUGGGGGGGCUCAGGUUGGAAAUGCCCAUCGUGGCUCCCCGUGAGGGUCCUGCUGCUCCACAGAAGAGAGCACAAAAAAAAAAAUUCCUCUUUUAUUUUUAGAGAGAAGCACAUUCCUGCCCUAUCACCGCAAUAAUUCCCAGGCGUCGGGAGGGUUUUGUCAAUGCCAAGGCUUGGCUGAGAUUUUGGGGGGGUUAACCCUGACCUGGGGGCUCAUGGGUGGGUUUCCAGCCCAGGAGAAAAUCCCAUUUUUCGCCCAAAGCCGUGGCCGUGGCGUGGCCCCUCUGUCCCCCCGUAAUUUGCACUAAUAUUUUGGGAUUUUGGAGAAAACCACCCUGUCCAAGCUCUCUGGUAGCUGUAAAUGCCAAAUAGCACUCGCAGGGGGGGCUGAGGGCCUCCAGCACCUCCAGGGGUCUGGGGGGGAGAGCCAGGAGGAGGGGGAGGCAGAAAGAAAGAGGAUUUUGUUUUCCAAAUCCAUUUUCUAGCCAGGAAAUGAUCCUGGUGGAACCAGGACCUGGAAAAACCUCCUUCCUCCCAGGCUAAACCAGCAAUACCCAUUUGAUACCUCGAUGUCAACUAAACCUCUGACUUCCUCCCCCUUCCCUCUGAGUUUUUGCAAUGCAUCUUUGUCAUUUUUUCCUAAUUUUAAUUUUAAUUUUAAUGGUACCUUUUCCACCUUUAACUGGCGUUGGGGAAAGUGUUGCACAGCGAGAGGAGCUUUGGGUGUGUUUGAAGGAUGAUUGUGGCACUGCUGCGUGGAUUAACAAGGAAAUAAAAUCAAAUAAGAUGUAGCAACUUCAUGCAGAAUGAA